UUCACUUGCACCAUCGAUUUCCCAAUGUUUGCUCUUGCUGGGCAUAUAUGAUCAUGCAUUAGCCUCCUCUUCUCACACCAAAUAACUUAAGCUUUAAGAAGAAUUGCUCCUUAACACAACCUUUCAUAUUUCAUGCCCAACAAAUAUUUGAACGAGCAAAGUUUGAACAGCAAAGAGUAGCUGAAAAGAUGAUGGAGGAAUUCUGGACCAUGACUUGUGGGGAUUAUAAUUCUUCUGAAACAGGAGGAAAGCCUUUCUGUUAUGAUUUAAAGUUUUUGAAAGAUCCUUCCAAAUGCAUCAACCAUUUGUUGGCCAUUUCCUUUGAUGUGUUACUCUUGAUCAUGCUGUCAUUCAUUAUGAUCCAAAAGUCUUUGUUUAGACCACAUCGGGGUCGACGUUGGGAGGAAAAGUAUUCAAAGUUGCAGCUAGUUUCUGCCAUAACCAAUGGUUCUCUGGGGCUGUUCCAUUUAUGCUUAGGAAUCUGGGUUUUAGAGGAGAAGUUAAGGAAAAACCACACAGCUUUUCCUCUUAAUUGGUGGCUGCUAGAACUCUUUCAGGGAAUCACAUGGUUGUUAGCUGGUUUAACUGUAAGCCUUAAAGUAAAUCAACUUCCAAGAGCAUGCUUAUGGCUGUUUUCGACUGUUCUGUUCUUUGUUUCUGGUGUUUUUUGUGCUAUAUCAUUGUCUUAUGCAAUAAACACCAGAGAAUUUCCCCUCAAAGCAGUUUUAGAUGUUCUAUCUUUUCCAGGAGCAAUUUUGCUUUUCUUAUGCACAUUCAAAUCAUCCCAAUGUGAAGAGACUAGUCAAGAAAUUGAUGAAAGACUUUAUACCCCUUUAGAUUGCAAGUUCAAUGAUGUUGAUCUUGUAACACCAUUUUCCAGAGCUGGAUACUUGAGUAGAAUAUCAUUUUGGUGGUUGAAUCCUUUGAUGAAAAGGGGUCAAGAGAAAACACUUCAGGAUGAGGAUAUCCCAAAGCUACGAGAACUUGACCGCGCAGAAAGUUGUUACUUGUCAUUUGUUGAACACUUGAACAGACAAAGAGAAAAGGAUAUCCCAUUGUCAUCGUCAUCAGUUUUAUGGACAAUACUUUCAUGUCACCGGAAUGAGAUUCUGGUGACAGGAUUCUUUGCUUUCCUCAAGGUACUCACUCUCUCUGCUGGUCCUCUACUUCUGAAUGCCUUCAUAUUGGUUGCUGAGGGUAAUCAAAGUUUUAAAUAUGAAGGUUAUGUGCUGGCCAUGUCACUUUUCUUUAUAAAGAUCAUAGAAUCCCUUUCCCAAAGGCAGUGGUAUUUCAACAGUAGACUUGUUGGCAUGAAAGUUAGAUCACUACUUACAGCAGCCAUUUAUAAAAAGAUAUUGCGACUUUCCAAUGCUUCUAGGCUGGUUCACUCUGGUGGUGAGAUAAUGAACUAUGUGACAGUAGAUGUUUAUAGGAUUGGAGAAUUUCCAUUUUGGUUUCACCAAUCUUGGACAACAAUCCUCCAACUAUGUAUUGCAUUAGUAAUUCUCUUCCGCGCUGUUGGGCUCGCAACAAUUGCGUCGUUGGUGGUAAUAGUUCUUACUGUGCUUUGCAACACUCCACUAGCAAAGUUGCAGCACAAGUUUCAGAGCAAACUAAUGGUGGCACAAGAUAAGAGACUCAAGGCUAGUUCGGAGGCUUUAGUGAAUAUUAAAGUGCUGAAGCUAUAUGCAUGGGAGACGCAUUUUAAAAAUUCUAUAGAGAACUUAAGAAGUGUAGAGCUAAAACUGUUGUCUUCACUGCAACUGAAAAAGGCAUACAACAUCUUUCUCUUUUGGACCGCGCCAAUGUUGGUGUCUUCUGCUUCCUUUUUGACAUGCUACUUCCUGAAUAUUCCUUUGCAUGCAAACAAUGUUUUCACUUUUGUCGCGACUUUGCGCCUUGUGCAAGAUCCAAUUACGGCCAUCCCGGAUGUUGUUGGGGCGGCCAUUCAGGCAAAAGUUGCGUUCGCACGGAUUUUUAAAUUUCUUGAGGCACCAGAACUGCAGGAUGCGGAUUUCAAGAACAGGUUCAUUAGUGACAACAAUCUCAGGGGAUCAAUUUUAAUCAAAUCUGCUGAAUUUUCAUGGGAAGGUAAUGUAUCAAAGCCAACACUGAGGAACAUAAAUUUAGAGGUUAGACCUGGACAAAAGGUGGCUAUUUGUGGAGAAGUUGGCUCAGGAAAAUCUACCCUCUUAGCCACAAUUCUUGGAGAAAUUCCUAAUACAAAGGGUGUUAUUGACGUUUAUGGGAAGCUGGCAUAUGUUUCCCAAACAGCAUGGAUACAGACAGGUACAAUCCAGGACAACAUUUUGUUUGGAUCUGAUUUGGAUGCUCAAAGAUAUCAAGAAACUCUUCAAAGAUCUUCACUAGUGAAGGACCUUGAGUUGUUUCCCCAUGGUGACCUCACUGAAAUAGGUGAAAGAGGAGUAAACCUCAGUGGAGGACAAAAGCAGCGAGUUCAACUCGCCCGUGCUCUUUAUCAAAAUGCUGAUGUAUAUCUUUUGGAUGAUCCAUUCAGUGCUGUUGAUGCGCAUACUGCUUCAAAUUUGUUCAAUGUAAUGAUAUCUUUCUUUCUACAUGCCCUCCAAUUAUAUCUUCAAUGUCAGUCUUUACUAAAAGAUGGCUUUGAAACUUGGCAGGAAUAUAUCAUGGAAGGCCUUAAGGGGAAAACUGUCUUACUUGUGACUCAUCAAGUUGACUUCCUCCCAGCAUUUGAUUCUGUUUUGUUGAUGUCAAAUGGGGAAAUCCUAGAAGCUGCUCCUUAUCACCAUCUAUUGACCUCAAGCAAGGAAUUCCAAGACCUUGUCAAUGCUCACAAGGACACUGCCGGUUCUAAGCAGCUUGUGGAUGUUACUUAUUCGCCACGACAUUCAAGUUCUGCUAGAGAAAUUACACAAGCUUUCAUAGAGAAGCAGUUUAAAGAUGAAAGUGGAAAUCAAUUAAUUAAACAAGAAGAAAGAGAGAUAGGAGACACAGGAUUAAAGCCUUACUUACAGUAUCUGAAUCAGAUGAAAGGCUACAUAUAUUUCUUUCUGGCUUCCCUUUGCCACCUUACAUUUGUCAUUUGUCAGAUAUUGCAAAAUUCAUGGAUGGCUGCCAAUGUUGACAAUCCCCAUGUCAGCACAUUGAAACUCAUCAUAGUUUACUUCCUAAUUGGGGUUACUUCAACAUUUUUCAUGCUGAUCAGAAGUCUACUUGUAGUUGCUUUGGGUAUUCAAUCAUCAAAAUUACUAUUUCUACAGUUAAUGAACUCGCUAUUUCGCGCACCUAUGUCUUUUUAUGACUCUACACCACUGGGAAGGAUACUUAGUAGGGUCUCAUCAGAUCUGAGCAUUAUGGAUCUUGAUCUCCCAUUUAUCCUCACUUAUGCUGUGGGAGGCACUAUAAACUGUUAUUCAAAUCUCACAGUUUUAGCAGUUGUCACUUGGCAAGUCUUGAUUGUCUCUAUACCAAUGAUUUAUAUUGCGAUCCGCUUGCAGAGAUACUACUUUGCCACGGCAAAAGAAGUGAUGCGGAUGAAUGGCACAACAAAAUCCUUUGUGGCUAAUCAUUUAGCUGAAACUGUUGCUGGAGCUAUGACAAUAAGGGCUUUUGAGGAUGAAGAUCGUUUUUUCAACAAGAAUCUAGACCUAAUUGAUGUCAAUGCUAGUACUUUCUUCCAUAGUUAUGCCUCAAAUGAGUGGUUGAUCCAACGGUUAGAAGUAGUUGCUGCAGUUGUUCUAGCCUCAGCAGCAUUAUGCAUGGUUAUGCUUCCACCUGGGACUUUCACCUCGGGAUUUAUUGGCAUGGCUCUAUCUUAUGGACUUUCACUAAACGCUUCCUUAGUAUUUUCCAUUCAAAGUCAAUGCAAUCUUGCAAAUUAUAUAAUAUCUGUAGAGAGGCUGAAUCAGUAUAUGCAUAUACCAAGUGAGGCCCCAGAAGUAAUAGAAGGAAAUCGUCCUCCUUUGAAUUGGCCAGUUGCAGGCAAAGUAGAAAUAAAUGACUUGAAGAUACGAUACAGACCUAAGGGACCACUUGUGCUUCAUGGAAUCACUUGCACAUUUGAAGCAGGACACAAGAUUGGUAUUGUUGGCAGGACAGGUAGUGGGAAAUCCACACUGAUAAGUGCUUUGUUUCGUCUUGUGGAGCCAGCUGGAGGAAAAAUUGUAGUUGAUGGCAUAGACAUCUCUACUAUUGGACUUCAUGAUUUGAGGUCAUGUUUUGGUGUUAUACCUCAGGAUCCUACCCUCUUUCAUGGGACAGUUAGAUAUAAUUUGGACCCUUUAUCUCAACACACUGAUCAAGAGAUAUGGGAGGUUCUUGGGAAAUGUCAAUUGCGAGAAGUUGUCCAAGAUAAAGAAGAGGGCUUAGACUCCUCAGUUGUUGAAGAUGGAUCAAACUGGAGCAUGGGACAAAGGCAAUUAUUCUGUUUGGGGCGCGCACUUUUGAGAAGAAGUAGGAUAUUGGUGCUGGAUGAAGCAACUGCAUCGAUCGAUAAUGCAACUGAUUUGAUUCUGCAAAAAACCAUUAGGACUGAGUUUGCAGAUUGCACAGUGAUCACAGUUGCACACAGGAUACCAACAGUGAUGGAUUGCACUAUGGUUCUUUCAAUCAGUGAUGGAAAAUUAGCGGAGUAUGAUGAGCCGACGAACCUGAUGAAGAGAGAAGGAUCGCUGUUCAGGCAACUUGUAAAUGAGUACUGGUCUCAUUCUCAGUCUGCAGAAUCACAUUGAUGCUAACAAGGAAUUUUGUUUGCGCCAACCCUGUUGUCUCUCAUUUUUUGGUUUCAGCAAUAAGACAAGAAAUGUGACUAGAAGUGGAAUAUGAAAUGUGUUCUGUUAGGAGAAACUGUGAGGCCUGAGAAGUGGGAGGGGAAUGAGGGUAAUGGAAAGAAAGGUUCAAGUGGAUUCAAAUGUACCACUUCUAGGAUGAUAUUUAAAUAUUUUUUCCCUAUUGUGUUUGGUUGUGUUAUGUGAUGGUCAAAAAAGCUAAUGCGCAUGUAUCCAAAAGCUACACUUUUAAGUUUUUUUCCUUUAAUUGAUUUUGGAACCUA